UGUUUGCCUUUUGAUGCAACGUGUUUGGUAGUAUUUUGUAAAAAUUUGUAUAUUGUUUUAAUUUUUCAUAAAAUCUUAUAAUGGGAAAGCUCGAUGUUACCGUGUUACGAUAUUUAACCAAGGAAGAUUUUCGUGUGCUUACAGCGAUCGAAAUGGGAAUGAAGAAUCAUGAGCUUGUACCUGGACAAUUAGCUGCAUCUAUUGCUAAUUUAAAGGCUGGCGGCGUCCAUAAAUUACUGAGGGAGCUAUGUAAACAUAAACUGGUUUCAUACGAACGUGGAAAAAAAUAUGAUGGAUAUCGCCUAACAAACACGGGGUAUGACUAUUUGGCUUUGAAAUCUCUUACGUUGCGCGGUUCUGUAUCGUCAUUUGGUAACCAAAUAGGUGUGGGCAAGGAAUCAAAUAUAUACGUGGUUGCUGACGAAGACGGUAAAUCUAUAUGCUUAAAGCUUCAUCGACUAGGUAGGACCUGUUUCAGAAAUAUUAAAUCAAAGCGAGAUUAUCAUGGUCGUCGACACAAAGCCUCGUGGCUAUAUUUAUCACGUAUAUCGGCAACUAGAGAAUUUGCUUAUAUGAGUGCCUUGCACGAUCGUGGGUUCCCAGUGCCUAAACCAAUAGACUUCAAUCGACAUUGCGUGUUAAUGGAGCUUGUCAACGGAUGGCCAAUGACACAGGUUCAAGAAUUAACAGAUGUUGAACAAGUUUAUGAUGAUCUUAUGAAUUUAAUCGUUCGUCUUGGUAAUGCUGGGGUUAUCCAUGGGGACUUCAAUGAAUUCAAUUUAAUGCUCACAGACGAUGGAACGCCAAUUUUAAUUGAUUUUCCACAAAUGAUGUCAACCUCACAUGAAAAUGCUGAAUUUUUCUUCGAUCGGGAUGUGAAUUGCGUCCGCGAAAUGUUCCGUAGAAAAUUUGGUUACGAAAGUGUAGACUUUCCUAAGUUUGCAGACUUAAAACGCGAAGACAACUUGGAUGCAGAAGUACAUUGCACAGGUUACGGUGUUACCAAGGAAAUGGAGAGAGACAUUUUGCAGGAAUAUGGCAUGAUCCCCGAGGACGCCGAUGAAACAAUUCUUGAAAGCGAUGAUUCUGAGCUGGAAGAAACGCCAGUUGAUAAUUAUCCCAAGGAUACUCUUAAAGAGUAUCGUCUUCAGCUUCAAAACGAAGUGAAUUUCAGCGAAAUGAAAAACACGCAGAAAACCGACGAUUCUAUACGACGUUAUAUUGAAUCAUGCUCGCAAUAUCUGGCGAAUAUAGAUCUAGAUCCAUUAUCCGAACUGACAAAUGAGCCCUCCCAAAUAAUGCUCACUAACUCAAACGAAGGUAAAACCAACAACAUUCAUCCAAGCCAAAAUUUAGCUGAAGUUUUAAAAGAUAACGGAUCUAAUGUGUGUGUCAACGCUAAUGAUUCAGAUGCUGCAUCAAUGAGUUCUAAUGAUUUGGAAACCGAUAACGUUCCCGAACUGCACGACAUGGAUCCAAAUUCCCGAAUGUAUCGUUUAAAAUUGGUGGAAAAGCUUUUGAAUGAUACACGCAGUCAGCGAUCUUAUUCAACCACUGCUAGUACUAUAGCGCCAUCAGUUAUAACUGAUCGUAUUCGAAAAAAUAUGGGCGCAAAAGAAAAACGUGAAAUGCGUAAGCAUUGUGUGGCGAAAGGCGAGGCCAGUGCAGUGCACAGGCAUCGCAAAGAAAAUAAGGAUGUGGUUAAAGAGUAUGCUGGAUGGGACUUUUGAAGAGCUUCCAUUUUGUAUUUCCAAACGAAUGAGUGAUAAAUAAACGAACUAACGAAAUUAAAAAAAACA